AAAGAACAGAGUUCAAAAGUGACUCACAUGCACGGCUGUAAAACCAAAUCACCAAACAAACUAUAAAACCAAAGAGUAUUUUAAGCAGUGCAAUGAGAGCAAAUCAGUGGACUUAACCAAAAUGGCCGCCCGGCACGCGACUCCGCUUAUAAGCCACAGUUUGUUUAUUUAUAUAGCUAUCUCUUUCUUAAUGCCGAUGGCAAACGAAGGGGCAGCUGUGUACGAUGACCCCCAUAGCUUUUCGAAAGAUGAAAAGCGGUUGACGAGGGAAUAUCAUCUAAGACAGGGUGCUCUGAGAGGAUUGAUUGUAAAGCCAGGAAAGAAUUAUGAUCUUCAGCCAGUGGAGAUGUUCUUAGGGAUCCCGUAUGCAGCACCACCGGUUGGCAACUUGCGGUUUAUGCCACCAGUCAGUGCUCCACCCUGGCCUGCGGUACGGAUGGCAACGCGCUUCGCACCCGUCUGUCCGCAAUCUCUACCUGUCAUCAAGAAAGGGAACCCACCGUCCUUAGGCAGGCAGCAUUACCUCAGCAGACUGAGGCCUUUCCUUGCUCAGGAGUCAGAAGACUGUUUGUAUCUGAACAUCUACGUGCCUUAUAGAGAGCACAAAUCUAAGAAAUUCCCGGUUCUGGUUUUCAUACACGGGGACUCGUUCGAGUGGAGUUCUGGCAAUCCGUACGAUGGUAGGAUACUCUCGUCGUAUGGUAACGUCAUGGUGGUGACAGUCAACUUUAGACUCGGUGUGCUGGGUUUCAUGAAACCCAGUCUAACCGAGCACGUCUAUGGUAACAACGGCUUGCUAGAUCAGUUGGCGGGGCUGCAGUGGAUCAAAGACAAUAUAGAGGACUUGAACGGAGACCCGCACUCUGUGACACUGAUGGGCCACGGCACUGGGGCAGCGUGCGUCAACUUCCUGAUGCUGUCACCUAUUUCCAAUGGCUUAUUCCACCGAGCGAUCCUUAUGUCAGGCUCAGCGUUAUCUGACGCAGCUAUGACGAGGAAUCCUACACAGUACACGCUGCAAGUUGCUCAGAGCCUCGGUUGUAACCCCAGCUCGAAAAACAUGAUGACAUGCUUGCAGAAUAAACCGUUAUCAGAAAUCAAGAAGGUACAAAUUCUGGCGCGGCGGUUCGAGACGCCACUCGGACCUGUUGUAGCGGGCUCCUUCAUACCGAGUGAACCAGCCAAUACUAUGGCGUCAUUCCCCAACCUGCUAAGCACAUAUCAGUUGCUGAGCGGUGUAACUGAGUUAGAGAGCUAUCACGAUUUUGGUGUAAUCGAACUAGAUCACGGUAUAUUGGAGAACCAGAGGGACGAGUUUAUCACAAAAUUCGUGAAAAUGGUUUUCGAAGGUGCUGAAGACGAAGCACUGGACGAAAUAUUGAAACAAUAUUCAUCGUCAAAGCUGGAUCCACAACGCUGGAACGUGGAAACUAACCGCGAUGUGGUUUUGAACCUCUUCAGUGAUGCCAGGACCCUUGCUCCCAUGAUCAACUUCGCCAAUUACCAAUCUAAAGCUAACAGACAGUCAUACUUCUAUGUAUUUGCCCAUAACUCGGUCAGCACAGAGUAUGCACCGCUGAACAAAAGCGUUAAUGGAGAAGAAAUGCCAUAUGUUCUGGGUAUUCCUCUAGGAGGCGCCAAUACUCACUUCCAUUCGGAAUACACGCAACAGGAGAAACUAUUAAGUGAAGUUAUUAUGAGACUUUGGACCAAUUUCGUAAAAAAUGGUUCUCCAAACACCCAGAGCGUAAAUGAGUACUUCACACUUGAUAAAAAGCUAUGGAACCAGUAUAACGUCGAGUGGCCCGAAUACAAUGUUGUUCAUCAGCCAUAUUUGAGGAUAGAUUUACCUCCAGUCAUUAACAGCUUAUACAGAUCGAAUUAUACCAACUUCUGGAUUGAGACUUUACCCAAUAAAAUGAAAAGGUUCAUGGUUGACCCGUUGUUUGAAUUUACUCCGAAGCCAGCCGUAACUAAACCUAGACCUGCUCACAGAACAACUAUCGAUCGCAUCGAAGUAGGGCGAAAAACAUACGUGCCACAGGUAUACAGUCCUUCACAUUUUAGCUCGGCUUCUACCUACGGAAAAUUACGACCGUACUCAUUACCUGGACCAAAACAAGACACAGAUUCCAUAUACCGAGAAAUACAGGCAAUCAAAACACCAUCAAGACAAAUCCCUCCUAGUUUUAUGGAAAAAGUAGAUAGAGAAAUACAUACAACACAAACAGACAAACCAGUAAUUAACAUGCCUGUCAAAACCUCCAGUGCUACAGUAACUCUCGUAGUAUCUCUUGGAGUACUCUUUGUAGCUAUUAACAUCGGUAUAUGUGCAGUUUUCUAUUAUAAGAAAAAAAAAUCUCUAAAUAGAACUACAACGUCCGAAACCACGCACCAACCGCGAGCUGAAAUAGGAGAAGUUGAUAUGAUAGGUCAAAAGAGUUCUAAGGACGAUAAAAGUGCAUUGCAAACGUUCAAGAACGGUUGUAGCGUUAUUAAGUCCAUUAGUAUUCAUAAAAUGCGAAGUAGCAAUAAGAAGGUUAAGAAAAAAGAGGUGUGCAAAACUCCCAAGUCAGAUGAUUCUGGUGGUUUUAGGGAGAGAUUCCAAUUAAGGAGACAUUUAUCAACAAGUACAUUAGAUGCACACACUAAAGUCAGAGAUUGGAUUGCAAAUGAAGUAAUGCAUCGUUGUUCGCCUAGUAUAUUGAGGAAAUCUAGCAGUGAAUUAAAUAAUAAAGCAUACAUAGGAACGAAACCUUUUACUAGGUCAGAAGAGUUGCUGUCUGACAGUAGAAAAACUACUAAAGGAACAAUCAAAGUUGAUGAUUCAAUAUGUCCGAAAAAUCUUCUCGCAAAAAGUUAUAGUGGUAAAAAUAAAACAUCUGAGAAAACGACAUCAACUUCAGCUUUAGACUCUCACUCAUCACUAGUAAGUAAUCAACAAUCAACACUGGGCAAACGCACAAACAAAUCAAGUGACUCUUUAAAAAGUAAAAGAACUGAUAGUAUAAAAUCAAGGAAAGUAUCUGUUGCAAUUGAUGCUACGCCGUCAGCACGAACUAAUUCUAUUUUAAAACAAGAACCUAUAGAACUUUCAAAGUCUUUGGAUGAAAAAGAAACAACACAUUCCAUAGCUGAAAAUAAAUUGCAAAGAUCAAAAACUGAUAAUUCUAUCAAGCUUGCAGAAAGCAGUCUUAAUCAAAAAGAAGAAAGCAAAAUAUAUACUAACGAGGUAACUUUAUCCUUAGGGAAAAAUUCCCCCUUAAAAAUUACACACAAACAUUCCUCUUCUGAUCCGGUAACUGAUGUUAAUUAUGAGCUUCUUCAAGAAAAAUUGAGACGGGAAAAUGAAAUAGUUGAUAUUCUUCCUCCAGUCACAUUUCGAAACGAAGUAAACGUAACUUCUCGAGAUGAUAAAUGUCGACAACCUUUGUCAGCAGAAGAAAGUUUGUUAACAAUUAAAAGAAGAAACUUCCCAAAAGUUCUUCCAGAUUUACCAAAAGCGCAAAAGAGGUUGUCUCUACAACCAACAUCCUUACAAAGUUUUAGAGGCUAUGCUGGACUUGGGAGUUUUGAAAACCAAGUUGACAGGCCAAAAGUUCCACCGCAGCCACCGCCGCGUACUACAACUUUGGAUCGACGGCUUGCAUAUAAAAAUACAAAACCUCUGUCAUCCUUCGAUGUUUCAAAUAUGAAAAAGAUACCAGAAUCUUAUAUAUCUAGCAGAAACUAUGAAAAUAUUGACAAUUUAACACGCUAUUCGGACAAUACAAAACUCAGUAAUAAAUCUUUUGAGUAUGUACCUUCAACUGAUAAAUCGCAUCCAAUAAUUUCAAUGAGUCAUAGAGAAUACCCAAAAGUAAUAAUUGCUUCCAGUGAUACGCCAAAUACUCCUGAGCCAACGAUUAUAAUAAAACCUUCCCCAAGUCAAAUAGAAAUAUCAAGGAAUGUGGCCAGAGUUAGAUUGCCGGAUGAUUUUCACUCACAUGCUUCCGGAUCUGUCACUUCAUUUUCAUCAUUUUGCUCAGAUGACGAUAUUGAUGAUGUUGUUGAUGAAACAUUUCUGGAUGAUUUAGCUGAAGACAAGCUAAUACAAGAACUUGUUGGUGGAGUAGAGUCUCCUACAAGCAUGGAUGUAUUGGACUCGAAAGGACCUGAAACCAUUUUUGAAAAGAAAGUAGAAAUUGUACCAGUCAAAAUAAACCCAACCCUAGUUAGAUCUAAUAGUAAAGAUGAUUAUGUAUGCAUUUCAGAUUUGCUAUUACCAGAAAUAAGUGGUACAGAACCUACGGCAAAAAUUAAACCUAACUUUGGUCUGAACAAGCUAAAGAAUAGAAGUGAAAGUAUAAAUAGGCCUCCAGAAAAGGCGGUAAAAGUAAAAACGAAAAGGACAAUCAAACCUUCUGGGCUUCUUAAUAGGUCAUCGAAGACUAGUAAGAGUGCUAAGUUUGAAAGUGACUCUAGUAAACUAGAACAUUCUAAUUCUGGUUCUUCAAAUGACACAGAAACUAGUACAGGAACUGUUAUUAAUUUAAAGUGA